AUGUUGAGAAGAGUAUUCACGUUUAUCCCCAUACUUUUAUUAGCUGGUUCAGCUUUAUUGUUAUUUUUCAUUAAUUUGAUUGGUACUAAUAAUAGUGGAGUUAUAGGAGAUUUCUACUGGAGUGAAGUUGAUUCUAGUUCAUUAAGUUCUUCUCGUGAUAAAACAAGAUGGACUUUAUACUCAAUUUGUGAUGUCAAAGAUGGUAAAAAUUCUGGUUGUACCAGUAGAUCUCCUGCUUAUCCAUAUUCACCAAGUGACAAUUUCGAUUCUUCUAGGGGUCUCCCAGAUACUUUCAUCAAACAUAGAGACCUUUAUUACUAUUUAUCAAGAUUUGCUUACGCUUUCUUUUUAAUUGGUAUUGCCUUCUCAAUUAUUGCUUUAAUUCCUGUAAUAUUAUCAUGUUGUCUUAGUGGAUUUAUUACUGGUAUUUUAAGUUCAGUAGCUGUUGGAAUUGCUUUAUUAUUCACAGCCGCAGGUGCUGCUUUCAAUACUGCCAUUCACGUUAAAGGUAGAAAUGCUUUUAAUGAUGCUGGUAUGUCUUCCCAUUUAGAUACCAAAACUUUUGGUAUUUUAUGGGCUGCUGUGGCUUGUUUAUUGCUUUCAUUCAUAUGGAUGUGUGUUGUUAGUGGUAAAGGUGCUACUAAAAAGUAUAACAAACAUUAUGCUGAUUCUCACGAAUCAUACACUGAAAGAAAGGUCAAUUCCACCGAUUCUUCUCACCAAGACCAUUUAAUGUAUGAUGAACCUGGUUACAACAAUAAUGCCUAUACCGGUACUGAACAACCUCAACAACAAAGACGUUUCUUUUUCAGUAGAAAACAACAACCACAACAAGAACCCACUUAUAAUUAA